AUGCGUCAGCUCAUGCUCUGUGCUGUCAAGGUUCUGAUUUGUGCUGUCAAGGUUCUGAUUUGUGCUGUCAAGGUUCUGAUUUGUGCUGUCAAGGAUUCAAAGGAAUCAACGAAACGAUUCAAACGAUCUCGAAACGAUUCAAAGGUCGUAUCAACGAAACAAUCCAAAGGAAUAAAUGAAACAUCACUGGUAAGGAAAAAAAAGCUCCGGCCCGGGAAAGGAGCCAUCGCUGAGAUCCUGACGAAAUUCAUCAAUGCCGAACAGCCAAAUCAAGGAAGCAAACAUCGCAGCAUGGUCGUUCUGGAAGAAGAGGAUAAAGACGACAAUCAAAGAAAAAUCUUUCGUUUCUACUAUGACGGGGAUGAGGGAAAGACGAUUGAUUCGCCUCUCGCUGUAGCCCUUCAGGGCAAGGCCGGACUCCAUCAUUUCCGAUGGAGUGACGAGAUGGUUGAUGGGUGGCUCGUCCAUGAAAGAAGGUGGUUCAUAUGA